AUGGCGCUGUACAACCAAACCGUGGAUUUCCUCUCCGAAUCCUGGGCCAACCAGCGAACACAACUUCCCCUGUUGGCUGUAACGGGCGCAUCUUUCACACUUGGCCUCCUGCUUCGGUCGCUGUUCAAGGGAGACAAGCACAAAGACGCCAUCCUCAUCUCGCCCCGCUCAACGGUGCUGCCUGGUCUGUCGGAGGAGGAGCAUCGCAAACUGCCACUCCCGGAUGACGUGCUACCCGGCGCACGCGAUGUCGCGAGCCCGUACGGGUCUAUCCGAGUGUAUGAAUGGGGUCGAGAGGAUGGUCCCAAGGUCUUGCUCGUCCAUGGCAUCACUACGCCGUGUAUUGCGCUCGGCGGGGUGGCCCAUGCGCUCGUCGAUCGGGGUUGCCGGGUGAUGCUGUUUGAUUUGUUUGGAAGAGGAUACUCCGACUGUCCGUCUGAUCUCCCCCAGGAUGAGCGACUCUUCGCAACUCAGAUGAUGCUUGCAUUGACUUCAUCGCCUAUCUCCUGGACGGGAGCUGGAUCGGGCAAAUUCUGCCUAGUUGGAUACUCCUUGGGCGGUGGAAUUGCUGCAGCAUUCGCUUCUUUCUUCCCGCGACUUUUGACAUCUCUCGUGCUUCUUGCACCUGCUGGUCUUGUCCGCGACUCUCAGAUUAGCUUCCAAAGUCGCCUUCUCUACUCGGGUGGCCUCAUGCCAGAGUCUCUACUGGGGUAUCUCGUUGGUCGUCGCCUGAGAGCUGGCCCUCUGGUUGCACCCAAGAAGAAUAAGAACGAGAAGCUCAACGCCGCAGAUGCUCUCACCGAGGAGUUGCCGUCGCAAACCGCGGCUGAGAUCCAAAUUCUGUCUCGCGAGUAUCCUCAUAUCAAUAUCCCUUCUGCUGUCGCGUGGCAAGUCAACAACCAUGCUGGCUUUGUGCAUGCAUUUAUGUCUAGUAUGCGUCACGGUCCUAUCCUGGGUCAGCGACAGUGGGGUACCUGGGCACGGCUGGGGGAGUAUCUGAGCGCACAGAAUAGCACUGUAUCGGAUGAGAAGAGUGAGAAGGGUCUGCCAAGUCACAAGGUUCACAUUUUGUGUGGCAACACAGAUGCCAUUAUUAUCAAGGAUGAGCUUGUGACCGAUGCUACCGCCGCCCUGGGUGGGAAUGCAGUCUUCAAGUUCUAUGACGCUGGUCAUGAAUUCCCUAGCACCAAAUACGAGGAGGUGGCGACUUAUAUCGCGAAGGUGUUGUGA